AUGCCUGAACUUUCACUGACUUCUCAGGCUGGGCUUCCGAACCCCGACAAGAUACAGUCAUGGGCACAAGCUGUGCCUACCAUUGACACUAGCAUCGUCGCUCCUUGGGACACCGCGAGAGCCAACGACGAGGCUCGCUGGCUUUCGAGCCAGGCACCUUCGCAUUGCAAAUUUCCCUCUCUUGCACGCCGCCUGUUGGACAUCUCCCACACGAAGGUCCUGCAACACGCUCUACUAGAAGGCGAGGAUCUCAUGAUCAACGCGAUCGACUUAGAGUGGCACGGCCGGGAGCCUCGAGAACUGACGGAAGUAGGACUCGCCGUGUUGGACACCCGCGAUAUUCGCGGCGUCGAACCAGGACAGAAUGGCGAAAAUUGGCUGAAGCAGAUCUUGGGACAAUUGUCAAGACGCUUGACACCUAGAAGAUGGCGAAGGAUGUCGUGUAUUGGACCUAAGCGAAAGCAAGUCACCGGCCUCGCGAAGUUGUGUGGAGAACUUGACAUCAACCCGAAGGAGCUCCACAAUUGUGGCAAUGAUAUCGCAUACACCAUGAUGUGUGCCAUAUUGAUGGCCGGGCACGGUGGCAAAGGAGCGGAAACUUUCGAUGAGAAGACAACGUCAAUGGCGCAGCUGACAGAGAACGUACAAGCUGCCACCUUGGCGAGCUCCAAGGAGAACGAUCUGCAAGGUGUACUGAAGUUUUGCACUCGCUGCAGCCAAGACGGCCACCUUGUCGUUGACUGCGAAGAACAAGUUCAGUGUGCGCACUGCUUCGCCGCUGGCGACUGGUACAAAGCGUACAGCCACCAGACCGACAGGUGCAAGUCGGAAUUCUUCCGGAAGCGGGGUGCGAUGAAACUCUAA